AAAGCAACGGCCCAGUCAGCUACGUUAGACUAAGGCCGCUCUGCUAGCACGUAUUUAUAGUUCGUCUGACUCGCCGCCACAACAUGUCAGCUCUGUAUCGCGCUGGUCGGACAUUCGCGUGUUGGCCGUCGACGCACAAUCUUUGGGAACGGGCAAAUGAGCGACAGUAGAAGUUAAUAGCCACUGCUAGUACCCGAGGAAGACGUAGAAAUGCCCGGCUACCACCGGCGUAAAAGUCGGAAUCGUCAGCACUCUUUGCUAAUAACGCUGCCGUUACUGUUGUCUGACUACAUCAGUUGCUCGGCCUCUUUAGAAGUGGAAUAAACUGAGAAAUGCGCGAAUUUAUGUCGAACAGAUGUCUGCUUGGAUAAUGUAGAGGUUGCUAGUAAACAAACAUAUGUAAUUGGAAUGAUGAUUAUAGCAUCUGUAUAUAAUCUGUCGUAGUAAUUGAUUUGCUGUGUAUAAGUGGAUAUGAGAUGAAUAGACAAAAAGUGAAGCCAGCAAAGGCAUCAGUUAGGCCGCUUUUAUAGAGUUCAGGCGAUCUGGGAGCUUGCACAGGCAAUUCUCAAAAGACACAGAAACCAGGGAUGAAGAAAAACGUUAAUUUCGAGAGAAGUGUAAUUUAAGAAAAAAUGCUAGAUCGCCGCCAGAGCCAAUAAAGCGGAAAAAGGUGUACGUGACACGCUCUGUGUGAUCCACUAACAAUCGUGUAUACACUGUGACACGUAGAUAGUGUAUUCUUUGGCCUAUACGCAACCGACUCCGGAUUUUAGAGCCGUCGGAGAGAUCUGUCCACUGCUGGUGCCUGUUAUAUACCCUUUCUCUUAAAGGGGUCCAUCGAAAGCUUCUACAAUGCAUCGCUGCCACUACUACUGACCUUGGACAAUGGUGCUCGCCACCAAAUAACACACCCCUCAUGUCAUACUCUCAUGUCUGCCUAUUGUUAUAUUUUGGUGACCGCUCUCAAUCCACUCCCCGUCUGGUCUGCGCCCCACUCUUCAUAACGAUUAGAUCCAUUGAAAAGAACACCUGCGUCCUCAUCGGUCCUGACAGGACUUGCGGAUAUAAAGUACGCUUUAAUGCGGCACACUAGCUUACCGAUAUGUCGCCAAUCACAGCUCUGUUUUGGUCACAAUUAGAGAGCGUGUUUUACCUAGUACGUCAAUACCUCUGAUAAUAGAACACAAUUAAUAUUGGCGUCUUUCUGAGACCCAUCCGUGCACGACAGCUCAAAACUGAAACACUCAAAGCUACCGUGAAGCCAGCCAACCGCCAAACGUCGCCCAUCUUUCUCGGAGAGUGGGUUCAUAAACAGUGUGUCCUUCUCAUUCCUCUAAACGCCGCUGCCGUUUAGGCCAGCCCCGUUGACACUCAUUAACCGCCGACGCUACUUGGGUCAGUUAAUCGAUCCAACUACACAUGGACACGGAUCCUCCUAGUAAUUUAGUAAUGAGUAGUGUCGAAGGGAUCUUUGAGAACUGAGCUCGUAGUACCGGUGGUCAUCAGGACACUAAGGGGGCAAGCAGGAACUUGCCCCCUGCCGCAGAACUAUAUCAGCACCGCUAUCAGAAGAUGUUUUAGCGUUCCGAGCUAGUUAUGAACUUCACUAGAGUCGGAUGGGGGUGCUAUUGAGCUUGCCUCCGACGAGCAUGUAGGUGUAUGAGGGACUCGUAGAAACCAACCUCGGCAGGAUUGCGCAUGCAUAACCAAAGUUCAUAGUCAAAUAUCAGUGCGUGGGCGGUGGUAUUACGUUGAACUGUGUUUUGAACGGAGCCCCAACAAAUAGCGCAACGGGCUUCUAUACCAGUGGUUUAACGUGAUAAAUAUUACUAACAGGGCGUUUAUGAAGACGCUUGACGGAACAGCAUCAUCGGACGCUAGCAAAAACAGUGUUAGGAUUUGUUUUAAUUAAAGAUAGGUUGUCAGAUUUGAAUCUCAUGCGUAUCUAUUACUGGCGGCAUAGCAGCUCUUAGAACGUUUUCAGCUACAUUUGCGAGGGUUAACCGUGGUGAGACUGGUAUAUACGGUGGCUGCUAUUUACGCGUUUCAAAUUGUGCGUUUGGAGCAAGCGUGGUUGCCGAAUGGUCUGUUCGGUUUUUCAUUAUCUAUACAUAUCUUGGCUCGGGAGAGGAUGCACAAGUACCGUAUCAGAAAUCUUUCCUAAGGACUUGUUGCGAAUCAGCCUCAAAUAGUGAUGUGAACAUGGAGCCUGCGGUUCGAUGUGGAUUAUGCUCAGAUGUCCGUGUUGCUGAAUUGCAGUAUAAGUGUGCGCAGAACACAGCGGCAAGGGCGAUGUUUAUCGGUAGGUCGAGUGGGGUAAGACCCCAAGGAAACCAGCGACGACCACUGAAAAAGCAGUUGAAUUAUGCGGCUCUACGAAAAACGUGUAUUGAAAGCGGUGCAUUAUGGGAAGACCAAGAGUUUCGAGCGGAUGUUACCGCGCUAGGUAGCGACGGCGGACGCUGGUUAAAAGACAGCCACGGAAUCGAACCCGGGGCUAUUGGAUGGAAAAGACCAUUUGAGCUGACGGACGACCCAAAAUUUUUUGUCGAGGGUCUCGCAUCUACUGACGUCACUGAAGGGAUUGCGGGUAACGAUUGGUUCGUCUCAGCGGCCAGCGCCCUCUCACGAGAAAAACAACUCUUCAAUAAGGUAAUACCCUCGGCAAGUUCAUACUCACUGGUUGCAUCGGCGGAAGGAGGGAAGACCUCAUCGAAGUUCACGUACUGCGGCCUUUUCCGUUUUAUGUUCUAUCAUUUCGGAAGAUGGAAGCAGGUGUUAAUAGAUGACCGACUUCCCAUUGAUCCAAAUACAUCGGUUCCACUGUUUGCCAAAUCCAGGACAAAGGACGAAUUUUGGCCAGUAUUGCUAGAAAAAGCCUACGCCAAAUACCUAGGCUCGUACGAAGCUUUGUGCUCCCAUCGGUUGGAGCAGGCUCUAGUGGACUUGACGGGCGGCGUGGCUGAAAUUUUGGAUAUAGGUGGAUCAGAGAUGACGCCCCAACUCAAGGACGAACUGCAUGCACGAUUAAGCGACGCCUCACGUAAAGGGUCACCCCUCUGUGCUAUGCACGAACUCUAUGAGGAAGCUGAUGGGCUUACUUUAACCGAAGGUCGACUACCGUGCGGUAUCAUGAAGGGAAGACCAUAUACCGUGACAGGUUUUGCAAGUAUUGACAUCUCGGCGUCAGCAGCGAUUCGAACGCUCUUCGGUGGACGACAACAACUUCGAAUGGUUCGACUUCAGGACCCGUGGGCAGAUUCCAAAUACACUGGGGCAUUUGGACAAAACUCUUUCAAGUCUCAUCUGUCAUACUCAACGCGGUCAUUGAGACGAGCUCGAAAUCGUGCUCUAUUUAAUCCCUGCAGUUCAAGCAGCGACCCCGAUAUUUGCCCCAAUUAUGUAUUUCAUUACGGGAGCAGUUUCCACGGAAACGCUGGUGGCGCUAGGACACGGAAUCCUGGAGUCAGUAGUAUCAGAACUGUGACAGCUUCAUGCCAGGACCAUCGCUCCGACGAAAGACUGAUUGAGUGCCAAACUGAUACCGAGCAAAAUAAUAGAACUGAAUAUAUGUACUCUACGAAACAGUUACUACGCUUUCAUUCCAGCUCAGUCGAAUGGACGCGGCUCAGUCAAAUCGAGCGUUCGAAACUUGGCCUUAAAAUUGAACAGGCGGCGGAAUUUUGGGUGACGUAUGAUGACCUGUUAAAGUACUUUACCCAAUUUUUAAUAUGUCAUUUGAGUCGGGGCGCCACUGACAGAAGCGGAUUUUUCGGAAGCCUGGCCAACUACGGUUCAUCGUUGUGGGAGCACGCGUUUACGGGCGAGUGGACAAUUGGAACAAAAGGCUCAAUUCAGGACAGAGCAGGGGGCUCGGCGGCCGAUAGUGUCUUACGAAAUCCACAGUACCUUCUCGAGGUGAUACAGGAACAGGCCGAAUUAAUCGUGUACCUGAUGCAAGAAUCGCCGUUUGAAGCGAUUGGAUUCAUCCUUAUGAAGGUGGAGGCGAAUCGCCAGUUUCGUCUGCAUCGCCAAAAAGAAGUUAUAUAUUCGUCAGAAUUUUUAGCUUUGCGGGACCAGCUCUCACGCGUUGGUCCGAUACCUCGAGGACGUUACAUUCUUAUUCCGUGUACGCUUGAGGCAGAAAUCUCACAGACUUAUCUCGUACGCGUGCUAGCUAAACUGGGUGCUGUAGUCAUGCGAGAAUUGUUAUUAGAUCAGCCCCAGAAGACUUUUUUAAGUCGAAAGCUACCUUCACUAGUCACUUACGUGAAAAUCUAUGGCGCAAAGGAUCUCGUCAAAAAAACACCAUUUUCAAUGUCGCCAUAUUGUGUCAUACAAUGUGAGGGGACGUCCGCCCGAUCUGCGAGCGGUAAGGGUACUUCGCCGCAGUGGAAAUUUGAGGCACUAUUCUAUCGGAAAGAUCCGAAAUCCAGUGUCACAAUACAGGUGUGGAAUCAUAGUCUUGUGAUGGAUCAGUGUUUGGGUCGAGCAAUUCUACCACCGGAAACUGGUCCCGAGCUCAAGGAAUUCGAAUUAGCCCUGAAUCUGAAAAAGUGUGAAACACCGGUCGGCUAUGUGACGGUAGAAACGUAUACGACUAAUGAUGUCCUUUCCGUAUAAAAGACUCCAAGCAACUGUUGACCUCCUAAAAUGAAUCUCAAAAAAUUGAAGCCCAAGAGAAAGCAUUUGCGUACAUCGUGCUAACUUAAACAGAAUCCUGGCAAGUAACUGAGGUAAAGAUGAACCGAUAAUGGAUUGUGGUAAUUGAAAUAAACACGUAUGUGUGGUAAUAGUUUCGAUUAACGAAAGCGACAACUGUUGGUUCGUGCUGCGCCAAGUGGUGCUAGCUAAAGGAAGUAUUAAACGCCAGAGAAUUUUCACUGUAAUAUAUAAAUAUAAUUAUAUUAAAAGGCUAAGACAAGCAGAAGAAUUGA